AUGGCGGACGAUGGCGGGCAUUUUGUAAUCUUCACAUAAUCCUUUGUUUUCUGUUGAUAAUGGAAGGAGUAAAGACUGCAGAAGGGUUCCAUGGAGUCUAUCUACUGAACUGUGUAAAUCCGCGGUACAGAGGUCAUACUUAUAUAGGCUAUACUGUUAAUCCAGCCAGGAGAAUCAAGCAGCACAACGGCGGCGUCGACAAAGGUGGCGCGCACAAAACAAGUAGAAAGAAACCAUGGGAGAUGAUACUGAUAGUGCAUGGUUUUCCAAAUGAUGUCAUUGCACUUCAGUUUGAGUGGGCCUGGCAAAAUCCUCAACGUACUCGCCGUCUCAAAAACAUGACAGGACCAAGAAGCAAAAGAACAAAAGAAAGCAAAGUUUCACACUGCUUUAGGAUCUUGUCAGAACUAUUACAAGUUGGCCCAUGGAACAGAUUAUCACUGACUAUUAGAUGGCUUAUACAGGACUAUGAAAUCAAAUUUGACCCUUGCCGACAGCCGCCCAUUCAUAUGCCUAUUGCAUAUGGACCCUUAAAAACAGUUACUAGUAAUAGCAAAACAAAGAACAAAAAGACAGAAGAUGAUGAAAUUUGUGUGAGCAUGUACCAGAGCAAGCGAUGUUGUGUAUGUUCAAGAAAAAUGCAGACACAAGACUCCACCGUCCAUUGUCCAAAUCAAGACUGCACAAUGGUGGUCCAUACAAUAUGCUUAGCCAAAACAUUUAUUGAGGAAAAUCAUGAAGAUGGAUUGUUUGUUCUCCCUUUACAAGGGAAAUGCUCUUCCUGUAACUUGGAAUAUUUAUGGAGAGACUUUGUUAAACCAUCAGAAACUAUUCAAGAAAACCCUGACUUGAUUUGUGAUGAUGAUGAUGAUGAAUCUCAUUGGACAGAUGUAUUGAAAAAGACUUGAAUAGUGGAUAUGUGUUUCUUAUUCUCUUGCUGGAUUGCUUGUUGUUGUUUUGGUGGUAUGUACUCUUCUUUGAGCUUGUUAUUAUAGUAAGUAGUGGUUUUUGGUCACAGGAAAUGUAGUUGUUAACAUUUGUAUGUAAGAUUGACUUGAAUUUGAAUUAUGAUUUAUCGCCCUCUGUAGUAACUAGAUUGUAUUGAUCGUUUUCACCCAUUCCCAUGAGAUUCAAAAGAUAGAAGACCGGCGGCCAUGUUGGAGGAAUGAACAAUAGAUACUAAUGAGAAAUCCUUUGUUAAAGUUCCUCCAAGAUGGCCACUGUGACGUAACCUGCAAACCAAGAAUUAUUAAUCACACAACGUUUUUGUGUCUGAUUUUAACUUUAUUAACUAAAGAUUCACAUGACUGACAAAUGUUCUCUCUGAUAAUAAAAUGUGGAAUUGAUGGAUUUUGUGAUUCCCCAAACAAGAAUAGUCCUUUAUAGCACAAGAAAUUUGAUAGCUUUCUUAUAUUUUCAACAGAAAUUAUUGUAUCAUAUCUUUGGAAAUAUCCAUCUCCUUUACCCAUGAUUGACAUGAUUGAGACGGUAAACGUCAAAUCAAACUGAAAUGUUCACAUAGCAAGUAUACUAAAAAAUAAAUAUGCAAUAAGAUGUAAUUUUAUUUUGAAAAAAAACCCUUUGUUUUCCUGGACGGAAUGUUUUUUGAAAAGCAUCUGUUUAGAUAUGAACAUUUUAUGUUUUCGAUCCCAUGAUUCUGGAGAGUGUAAUUUGCAUUCUAAAGCUUCAAAAGCAAGUUCCAGCCUUCACUAAAUAACAUUAACCAUUGCAUAAGAAAUGGUGAUAAAUUUGUAUUCCAUUUUAUGUGAUUUUUUGCUGAUAUAUUAUAGGUAUUAUCUAGUAGAUAAAGUUUAUAUAUAGUGUAUGUACUUGUUUCUAGGGUAGUGAUUAUUGCUUAGGUGCUUAUUGUCUAGGUGAUUGUUGCUAAGGUGCUUAUUGUCUAGAUGAUUGUUGCUAAGGUGAUUGUUGCUAAGGUUUUAUUGCUUUAUCUUGGAGUUCAUCAAGUUAUAAGAUAAAGACAAAGAUAGUGAGUCCUGGAAUUCAAUCCAAUAUUACACAGUGUUUCUUUUGUGCCUUUUUAAAGUCGUUUCCAUAUGAGUGGAGAACCAGAGGGAAGGUAACAAAUCAUUAAACUAUGUAUCAUUUGCUCA